UCCCGCGGCUCCUCCUCCUCUCCCCCCGGCCCUGCGGACUGUAAACACGGACUCGAGCGAUCAGCGCUCCGCUCUCUGCUCUGAACGGACGGAUGCUCGCCCUCGCUCUGUAGGGGCUUUUCGGAGCAGCGGAGCUUCAGGAGAACAGCCCCCCCCCCGCCCUGAGCCCUACUGCCCCUCUUACCUCUCUUACCCCUCCAGCCCCUCGGCUCCUUCUCUCUGUCGCUGUACCCGUGAAGCUCCAGCAUGUCUGAGCGCAGCGGGCUGCCUCGGGCUGGAGGAGCCCCGUCCCCUCAGCCCACCAAAGCGGUCAACAUCAGCUCCAGCCGCCCCGUCCACAUGAACCUGUACGCCACCUGGGAAGUGGACCGGUCCUCGCCGAGCUGCGUGCCCAGGCUCUUUAAUCUGACUCUGAAGAAGCUGGUCAUGCUGAAGGAGCUGGAUAAAGAUCUGACCUCCGUGGUCAUCGCUGUCAAACUGCAGGGCUCAAAGCGAAUUCUGCGCUCCAAUGAGAUCUUGUUGGCUUCAGCUGGACUCACAGAGACUGACCUGCAGCUCACUUUCUCUUUACAGUACCCUCACUUUCUGAAGCGUGAUGCUAACAAGCUCCAGAUCAUGCUGCAGAGGAGGAAGCGCUAUAAAAACAGAACCAUCCUGGGCUACAAGACCCUCGCCCUGGGCCUCAUCAACAUGGCAGAGGUGAUGCAGCAUCCUACAGAAGGUGCUCAGGUGUUGGGGUUACACAGUCAGCUGAAGGACGCCUCGUUGCCGGUGGCUGAGGUCCGAGUCUAUUCCCUCUCCAGCCAACCCAUCGACCACGAGGGCCCUAAAGCCAAGAUGAACGAUCGUUCUCCGGACAUAGAUAACGACUCUGAAGAGGAGGAGGAGAGCUUCUCAUCAGAACAGGAGGGGAGCGAUGACCCUGUUCACGGACAGUAUCUGUAUGAUGAAGAGGACGAGGUGAGGAAGAAGAAACCCCGACGUAAACUUACAUCCAGUGCGGCUAUUACCAGACAACCCAACAUCAAGCAGAAGUUUGUGGCGCUGCUGAGGAGGUUUAAAGUUUCGGAUGAGGUUGGGUUUGGUUUGGAGCAUGUGUCUCGGGAGCAGAUUCAGGAGGUGGAGGAGGAUUUGGACGAGCUGUAUGACAGUCUGGAGAUGUAUAAUCCCAGUGACAGCGGCCCAGAGAUGGAGGAGACGGACAGCAUCCUCAGCACACCAAAGCCUAAACUCAGGCCGUUCUUCGAGGGAAUGUCUCAGUCCAGCUCUCAGACGGAGAUCGGCAGCCUGAACAGCAAAGGAAGUCUGACCAGAGACCCCUUCAGCCCUCAGGGGGAGCAGCCUCCCUCUGAUAAAAUGAAACACUCCCGCAGCCGCAACCUGGAGGAGGCGCAGAAUGAUGCAGACACACUGGACGUGAAUGAUCAGGAGCCAUUUGUGGACAUUGCUCCUGCCAUCACCGUGUCUGUGGCUGAGAAACCUCGCACUCCCCUGAAGAGCAGCAAGAGUGAAUGCCACUCCAUGCCCUCUCCCAGGCUGGAUGGGGCUCACACACCCCGGCAGAAGCGCAGUACACCGAUGAAAGAGCGGCAGCUCUCCAAACCACUGAGUGAAAGAACUAACAGCUCAGACAGCGAGAGGUCACCUGAACUCGGACACAGUACACAGGUUCUCAGGAAGGCUGUGUAUGAUCAGUUGAAUCAGAUUUUGUUUUCUGAUGCUGCUCUACCUGAGAGUGUCAUCCUUGUUAAUGGCACAGAUUGGCAAGGCCAGUAUGUAGUGGAGCAGUUGGCGGUUCAGAAGCACCCGGUGGUGUGUACGUGUUCAGGAGCAGAGAUCCAGGCGGUGCUCUCGGCUGUUCUCACUCGUAUACAGAAGUUCUGUAACUGUAACUCGUCGAUGCCGAGGCCGGUGAAGGUUGCGGUGGUUGGAGCUCAGAGUUAUCUGGGUGCGAUCCUGCAGUUCUUCGUCAGUCAGCUGGCUAAUAAAACGUCUGAUUGGCUGAACCACAUGCGCUUCCUCGUGGUUCCUCUGGGUUCCCACCCUGUUGCUAAGCACCUGGGUGCCCUUGACAACCGCUACAGUUCUGCCUUUCUGGAUGGAGGGUGGAGGGAACUGUUCAGCCGCUCUGAACCACCACAGACAGAUGUGUUGGAUGUAGCUGGUCGUAUAGCUCAAUACAUCAGUGGAUCCACUCUCACCCACCAGCUCCCCAUAGCUGAGGCCAUGCUGACCUGUAAACACAGGACGCGGGAUGAAGACUCCUAUCAGAAGUUUAUUCCGUUCAUUGGCGUGGUGAAGGUGGGGUUGAUCGAGCCGGGUCAGUCGCCUACAGGCGAUGGUGAAGAGGGUGUGGCUGUGAGUUUAGCCGUCCCUUCGACAUCUCCACCCUCUCACGGGUCACCUGGCAGUCUUAAAGAGACAGCCACGCCCCCUUCUUCUCCUGCUGUGGGUGCAGUAUUAGCAGUUCAAGGAAGCCCCAGCAUGUCUCACGGUGUGGACGCCAUCGGCCUGCAGGUAGAUUACUGGCUGGCGUCUCUUGCUGAGAAGCGGCGCGAGGGCGAGCGGAGGGAUACGGGCUGUAAAAACACACUGAAGAGCACCUUUAGGUCACUGCAGGUCACCCGCCUGCCUGGAGGGGGUGCUAACGAGCCACAUGCACCAGUCAAUACCAUGUCCAUGACUGUGGUCACCAAAGAGAAGAACAAGAAAGUACCGACCAUCUUCCUGGGGAAGAAGCCCAAAGAGAAGGAGGUGGAUUCUAAGAGUCAGGUGAUCGAGGGCAUCAGCAGACUCAUCUGUUCAGCCAAGCAGCAGCAGACCAUCCUGAAAGUGUCGAUUGAUGGUGUGGAGUGGAACGACGUAAAGUUCUUCCAGCUUGCAGCUCAGUGGCCAACACACGUAAAGUACCUCCCAGUCGGACUGUUCGGCUACAGCAAACCGCCGUCCUAGGACCGCCCACUCGCCCUCUAACACCACCCCCUUCACCCUGCAGCCUUCGCCCUAUCUAUCGCACACAGUCCCUGCCAGUCAGAACCCUGGCCGAGUGUAGCAGAGUUGUGUGGAGGAAAAUCCGCCCUCAACCUUUCAUUUCCUCCUGCUGGGGGUAGGUGGCGCCAUGAAGGUGGUUUGUGUUGGUGGCUGAGAUGUACUUUUUUUAAUGGCGCUAGUCACUUUUAUUUAUUGAAAAAAGGUCCCAGAGCACCACAUUGUGGGGAAGAAGCACAAGCAAAAACGUCAGACGAUCUUCAGUCUGCCGACAGCAAUCGUAUUACCGUCUAGCAGACAGCAUGACCGAGUGGAAAUCCCAAAAAAAACGACCCUUAAUGUGACCUUUGACCUCAUUGAUGCAAUGCUAAGGUAAUUGGCCUCACCAUCAGAGUCCAAACAACAGAACCAACCAUUUCUGUCAGGCUCUGAUCUGCAUGUCUUAAACUACAGCACCCACAGCCCACUAGUAAAAUUCUUGUUAUUAUGCAACUUACGUACUUGUGCAUGUGUGGAGCCGCGCAGCUACAGUUAGCCACCUGCAGCAAUGCCUUUUCAGUUCAGUUCAGUCCGUAGAAGCUCGAGGAGGACGCUGGGGUUUACUCAUGGACUAUUUUUGUGAGUUUUCCAUUGUUUUGUACAUAAGUUAAAGCUUUUGUGUCUUAUAGGAGCUUAUAGGGUUCAGUUAUUAGAUCUUAUAGUGUAUGAGUGCUUCAGAAAGUGCCAUUUUUUAGAAUAUGUAUGUAGCUCAAUGAAAGGUUUUAUUUUUCUCUUCAUAAACCACAUCUCCAAAGAUCACACUGGCCAAUCCGAAUGUAAACACACCUCACUGUUACAAGCAGUCUCACACAAAGCCUGCAGCAUGAUUAUAACCACAGUAACUAACACUCCACAGGCUUCAGGCGCUCCGUAGGGAAUAUUAAUAUGAAAUCUGUGAAGGGCUGAGGUGAAUUAAGGCCGUCAUGUGGAGGGGUAAAAUCGUGAACCCAUACUGUUCAUUUUCACAUUAGCAAAAACUGCAGAUCAUUGUUCUAUCAGAUGGUCUUUUAAGAACCUUUUCAGGCAUGAAGCUCUGGGCUGGAUCCCUAUUGGAUUUUGAAAGCUAUGCACUAAUCCUACAUUCGCUCGCUGACAUACGCAUACAUCUACACACUUUCUUCCAAAGCACAAUGUUGGUGGAGUUCAUAAACAAAUCUGAAGAAAAGACAAUGCCAAUUAAAGCGAUAAUUCAUCUGUACAACGAAUACAACAAAUGCUGCCAUUUAAACAUCUCCUUAAAAAUCUCCUUAAAUGAUAUAUAUUCCACAUCAGGUCCAGUUCAGUUUAACAUGUGAUUCAGAUUCAUCAGCAUGCACACUGGAAAUCAGACACUGAAUAAAUUAGCAAUGUCCCUUAUAUAUAAUUGUCAUGAGCAUAACAGGAGGAUUAAAUUGCUAUUUUAUUAUUUUGUUCCUUGUGCAAAAAGAGCUGUGUUUAAAAAAUAAAAAGGAAAAUUUAGGUCACCUCUGUCAAAAUACUCUCUUAAAAUAUAAACCAUUUUUGGUUCUAUAAAGAAGCUUUUUUUGUAAAGGAGAUAGGAGAAUAGAAACCUUUAUAGCAAAUGCUUUAAACCUUUAAAAUGUUCUUUAAACCUGCAUCUUGUUUAUGAAAACGGUUCUCUAUGUAAUCAAAAGUAUUUUUUAUGGCAUCACCUGCCAUAAAAACCUGGCACCAUUACUGUUAAGAGUGUAGCUGAAAAUAAACAUCUCAUCCGCUCUUAAAAACUUAAAAACUAACAAAAUUAGGUUUUGUAGACAUCUUGAAGAAAUUACUUUAUAUGGACAAAUUCUAUUUCUUUAUUUUUGUGUAGUUAUCUCCCACAGAAGCUUUACAUUCUGUUUGCAUUAAAAUAAGGAAAAAUAUUUUCCUGACAAUGUUGAAUAUUUUAAUGGAUGAAAUGUUCAUUUUAAACGAUCAGGAGAUUGCCAGUUCGAAUCCUGUUCAUCUAGCUUGCCAUCAGCUGCCAGAGCCCCAAGAGAGCACAAUUGGCCUUGCUCUCUCUGGGUGGGUAGAUGGUGCUCUCUCCAAACUUAACUCCAAAGGGUGAUGUUGAUCAGCACAAGGUGUCUGUGAGCUGAAGUAUUUCCUCCGAGAGUGCUGUGAUGCUGUAUCAGCAGCAGUUGGAAAAGAGCAGUUAAAACUUCACAUGUAUCGGAGGAGGCAUGUGUUAGUUUUCACCCUCCUGGUGCUGGGGUGAUCACUAGUGAUGUGGGGGAGUCCUAAUGAGUGGGUUGGAGAAUUGGCCGUGUAAAUUGGGGAGAAAACGAGGGAAAAUUUUGAAAUAAAAAAAAUUAUAUAUUAAAAAAAAGUAACUUUUGCAAUAGAAGAGCUUUUUUUGUAAAGGAGCUGUGAGUGUGAAGCAAAUUAAAUGGAACAAGAACCUUUAUGUAAACUUCUAUAAACCUUUAAAUGAUUCUUCACACAUACAGAUCUUUUACAACAAACGCUUUUUUGCACCUCUAUUUUUAACAGUGUCUUUUUUUUUUCUUUCUCAAAGCUGGUCAGGAAUCACAUGAUAAACUGUGUGGAAAACUGUUUUAAGAGCAGAUCUGGGAUCAGGUCAGCACUCAUAGUCACCAUAACUUUAACGGGAAGAGUUCAGAGCUGAUUCUGAGCUUCAGUCAGAGAUUCAGAGAUUCGGAGCUCCAGUCUCCCUUUACCUGCUGAGCUGCUAAGCCGUCGCAGUCGUCGUAGUCAGACGAAAAGUGAUGUUCUAUUUUGUCUAGGACGUGUGUGAGGUGUUUCUGUCGGUGUUAAGGUGAAAAAAUAAUUAGUGUGUGAACUGUGGAUAUGAAAAAAACAUACAAACAAACAAACAAUAUCUAUGAUCUAAUGUUGUGCCACUGUAAGAGUGACGAGUGCUGGUUUUCGUGAGUCGGUUUGUGUGAGCAUGUGCGUUACUUUCAGACUUCUGUGGUGUAAUUUUUGGACAGUAUGCCGACCCUGUAUCAACACACACACACACACACACACAGACACAGACCACACACACGAUUACAUGAGACUCCAUCGGUUGGUGGCUGACGGGGUGUUUCCUAAUAUAUUUAGUUUAAGUUCAGUCUUAAUGCAUAACAUUCUAAACGCUGAGUCCAAACCAGGGUCUGUUUUUGUGGCAAAAGUAUUAAUACCGUGAUUGAGAGUGUGUUACAUUUCAAAAGGGUCAAUUUAAAAUGUGUUUUUGUUUUUUUAUUUACUACAUUUUUUUCUGGUGGUCAUUAAGCAAUAGUGUUUUAUGUUUUUGUAAUGCUGCCUUUCCAUUCUCAUUUUUUUAUUUACUUUUUUUGCUUUAUUUUUUUGUGUAUUAGCAGGUUUUGCACAAAGCCCACGCUACUUCCCAAUGCACAGACAUGCUACUAAAUGAUUCAUUACUCUGCACCUGUUACCACCUCCCACUGACAAUUACAUGCAAAAACUUGCCAAUUACCAACCAGCAAAUGGUCUAAAAUACCGAAGGCAUGAUUCAUGAUGAUCAGAAUGCUUUGCUAUAUAUCAAACUCUUAUGAAUCAGUUCCAGGCGCACAGAUUACUCUUCCUGUUUUAUUCCAGUAUUUUUUCAUAAAUAUCAGUUUAUUAUAACAUCACUAAUCAUGCUCUAUAUAUACACACACUUAAAGAGAAAUUGAGAAAUUACACUGGAUAAACUAAAAUUGUCCAAAAAACAACACCUAACCAUCUUAUAAUAUUGAUAUUUAAUAACUUUUUACUCUAAUAAGUGUAAGAAUUAUAAUAAACUAGAGAGAUAUUGACUAGGCUUUAGAUGCUUUUCUUGCCAAGGUAUUAGUUUUAUCAUUUUUUUGUACUUUAGGCUCCUUUAUUCUGAGCUUUAUUAUACACUCCUCCAGGCUCCAGCUGCUCUGUCUCUUUGAGAUCUUUGCUCAGAUGUUGAGUCAGACCAGGCCAUCAAUAAUUCUGUCUGUCUGAAAGCCAGUUAUGAAGCCUUUAGGCUGAAUUUGACCUGUGAUCAUCCUAGAACAGAUAGUAUACUUUGACUAAUGUUAGCAUGCUUUGUUACAAAGUGUAAAAUCAGUGCAGUUUGGCAAAUGCUGAUUUUAAAUUGAAUUUUUAAAGUACCAUUGCUGGUUUUAUUCAGAUGUAUCAGAAACAUAAUAAUAUAAGAUCCCUGAGCAACUACAUGUUUUGUUACAAAGAGAGUCAGUGCAGAGCAGUGCACUAUGGGAAAUGCUAAAUAAAUGUAAUUUGUUAAUUAAUUCUCAAUUUACUUCAAUAAAAUUUAUUUAUACCACUUUUUACAGCUCUGGGGGAAAAAAAUAGAACACUUCAGUUUCUGAAUCAGUUUCUCUGAUUUUGCUAUUUAUAGGUAUAUGUUUGAAUAAAAUGAACAUUGUUGUGUUAUUCUAUAAAGUAUGGACAACAUUUCUCCCAAAUUCCAAAUAAAAAUAUUAUUAUUUAGAGCAACUUGGGAUGUUCUCCUCCACCAGUCUUACACACUGCUUUUGGAUAACUUAAUGUCACUUCUGGUGCAGAAAUCCAAGCAGUUCAGUUUGGUUUGAUGGCUUGUGAUCAUCCAUCUUCCUCUUGAUUAUAUUCCAGUGGUUUUUAAUUUGGUAAAAUCAAAGAAACUCAUCAUUUUUAAGUGGUCUUAUUUAUUUAUUUUUUUCCAGAGCUGUAUGUUGACGUAUCUUGUAUCAUGAUGUAUUGAUGCCAUAUUGCCCAUCCCUAUCUAAUAAAGAAGUUUUUGCAUCUAAAUACAAAAUAUCAUCGCUACCAUGCAAAAUCUUUUUAUCUCAAUUUUAAACUUUGUUGGCCUAAUUUGAAUGUGGCAUUUUUUGUUAUUUAAAUUGAACCUCAUUCAUCAAAGUCAUGAGAAAUAGACCAAUCGAAAUGCCCCAAAAAUGUAGAUCUUAAAUAAAAUCUUUCUCCAUUGGUUCCCAAUAAAAGUUAAUUAGAAGGUGUUGUCCUUCUGCUGUAAACCUGUUGUUUUACAGUGUGUUUUUGUUACUUGAGUGUGAUUAAAGUGACCUCAGGUGAGCUUCUACGAGUGAUUGGAAAAGUCAGUGCAUUCACCCAGGUCAGGAAAUGUAUGUACUUUGGUCAAUUAUAACAUAGUGCCAUCUUUAAAUAUUGAAAUGACAUCAAAAACCAAAGAGAAUAUCCAGUGAAAAUACAGUUUCAAAUAAGUUCUGAUUGUAAUGCGUGGCAUGUUGGAAGUGGAAGUUCUUUGUGCAAAAUCAUUUUAAGGCAAAACACUUUUACAUUAAGCUGUGUGUCAAGUUUGUGUCAAAACCUACAUACAUACAUGCAAACAUACAUAACUCAUUUGUUGAAAUGAUCCAGUGCAGCCGUGUUGGGCCAUGUUUUGGCUUUUUUUUUUUUAAUGACCCAAUGUUGUUAAACUGUGCUUUUUUUAUGAAAUGUAUGGAAAAUGUGAUAUAUGGGGUUGUUUGUAAUGACAAAGGGAACCAAGGGGAUGUUAGAAGAAUGGAAAUGUCACUGCCAAACUGUGUCAGCUGUUACAUUUUAUAUCAGACGGAGGCCGUGGGUCAGUGUUGUUGGUGUAAUGGGUUUUUUCGAGCAUGGCCACUUCCUCCACUGUUACCUGUUUCAAUGCAAAAACCUCUUCUGACAGAGACGGAGACGUAUUUCAUUCCAUUUCCAGCCUCCACGCUGAUCGUCUUUAAUGUGGUCUCUCCACCGCCGCCGCUGCUGUCUGGCGGUCUGAAUGUGAACAGUGUGUGUGUAUCUCUCUGUCUCUCUGUCUCUGUGGUGUUCUCAGUCUGUUAUGAUGCCUGGUUUGUGUCGGGCCUCUGUCCAGUAAUGGUGUAAUCUGUGUUUCGUGUGAUGUGACCGUUACGUUGUCCUAACUGAACAAAACAGCAGUGGAAUUCUGAGCACACUGAUCAGAAAUGAGUCAUUUGUACAGCCGAAAUACAGUCAUCAUUUUCUCACUCCAGCUUACAAGACCUGAUUUACUAAAGUCAGCACAAUUUUGUAGCUACAGCAAAAGCUGGUAAUCAGGAGAAGGGCCUGACUGAUUAAAAAAUCUGGCAACUAGGGCUGUAAGAUAUAUCAUAUUUCUAUUUUUAUAGCGAUAUACAGCUGUGGAAAAAGGUUUCUAAAUCAGUUUCGCUGAUUUUGCUAUUUAUAGGUGUAUGUUGGAGUAAAAUGAACAUAUAAAAAAAAUGGUCAUUCAGAGCAUUUAUUUGCAGACAAUGAGAAAUGGCUGAAAUAACAAAGAGACACAGAGCUUUCAGACCUCAAAUAAUGCAAAGAAAACAAGUUCAUAUUCAUAAAGUUUUAAGAGUUCAGAAAUCAGUAUUUGGUGGAAUAACCCUGGUUUUUAAUCACAGUUUUCAUUCAUCUUGGCAUGUUCUCCUCCACCAGUUUUACACACUGCUUUUGGAUAACUUUGACAGUUCAGCUUGGUUUGAUGGUUUGUGAUCAUUCAUCUUCCUUUUGAUUAUAUUCCAAAGGUUUUCAAUUUGGUUAAAAUCAAAGAAACUUUGUGGUCUCUUAUUUUUUUUUUCCAGAGCUGUAUGUUUUUGCAAUAAACACAAUGAAACAGCUGCUGGAACAAUGUAAACAGCAGCAAACUCAAACUGCAUUACCUGCAUGCAGCAAAAAAGGGAGCUCUUUACCCCUUUACACUACAGACUGCUCACCUGACAUGAUGAGGCUGGAGGUAGAGCGAGGUAGAGGUCCACAGUGAACACAUACACCAAGCUACAGGUACUUGAGACAGAUAAGUGCUGAAAAUUCUUUGAUGAGCUUAAAUUAUUUAGGAUCUUAAGUCACAUUGUUUCACAUCAAUUUCCAACAGUUAUCACAUAUCACACUUUUGUCCAUAUCAUAUACCCCUGCUGGGAACGGGUGAUAUUAAACAAUAGAUGAAUAGAUGAAAUAUGACCCUAUUAUAUUAUGGAGGUGGGCAACAUGAUGGAUAUGUGCUGUGAAUAAGAGAGUAUUUGAGAAGUAGUUUUUAAGAAUCUGCUUGUGUUGAUGUAUUUCAUCUGUCAAAACAUUGUGAUGAAACAAGUCUGUCAAAAAUGUCUUUAAAUAUCGCAAUAUAAUAUUUAUUUAUCAUAUCACACAACUCUUGUCUGUCAUCAUUUUGUUCUAUUCUUUAAACACGAUUUUCAUUUCUAUAAAUUACUUCAUAUAUUUUUUCUUUAAAAAAAAAAUAUAUUUAAAUAUAACAAAUUUAAAUCCUGCCAUGCCACAACCCAAACAUUCAUAGGUAUUUACAGAUAAUUAUUAAACUGCAGGUCAAAGUCAGUAUUGCCUGAUAUUAUCAGCCAUCAAUCAAUAUCUGUAUCUAUAUCGGUCAGGCCUUAAUAAAUAGUGAAAUUUCUCAUAAUCCCAAAACUUGACUUUAACAUAUCAGUUGCUUUAGUGAAUCAGGUCGUUCUAAGGGUCUAACUACUGGAGUUUUAUGUUAAUAAGGAGAGAACAUUGUUCUUGAAUUCCACAAGCUUUGGUGUUUGGCUCUGCAUUUUGGCUAAAGCUAAACCCCAAGGCACAGCUGAUGGUGGGGUAGAAUAGCACUCUUUCAUAUUUGGCACAAAAGCCUGUGGUUACAGAGGGAGAGGCCGAGCUUGUGGAUGAAAAGAGUAUUUUUGCACAUGCACUUGUUUGUUUUAGCAGUCCUUAGCCGUUUGCCUUUUGCCUAUAUAAAGAAUCAACAACGCUUGUACAUAUCUUAAGAAGUGCUUGUAAUAUGAAGUUCUUUUAUUGUUAUUUUUUUUUAUUCAACAUGUUUUGUAGUACUGCUUUUUCAUGAUUCAGUUGUCUUUGGGGUAAUGUGUGGGAUAUAAACUGAAAGUGUUCAUUUUUUUAAAUAAACACACCUUAUUUGUA